GAUGGGAUGUUAGGGGAAGGCGGGUGUUAGGGAUUAGAUCCUAACCUGCAGAGAAGGAACCACAGCCCUAAGAGAGAAUAUUCAGGGUCAGGCUGCUGGUUCCAGAAGGGUUAAGUCAACCCCCUCCCUCCCCAUCACCCUCCCCCCAGGAGCCAGUGGUGACAGCUGAAGCCAUGUGAGUUGGAUCCUGAAUGAGGCUUUAUCUCUGGCUCUUCGUCAUCGGCCACCGUUCACCAUCCACCAUGGCACCAGCUCCCUCGGCCAGCCGGGAUGGGACAGGCAACUGAGAGAGCCAGAGAGAUGAUGGUGCCUUUGCCCUGGACUGUGAGAGGAAUAGGACUUUGGGCUUCCAGCUGCCAAGCAGGUGGUGGGGGCUCCAGGCCAUGAUCUGCACCCUCUAACCCUGGUGCUGCCCUCUGCCCUGACUUUCACCGGACCCGGCCAUGUCGGAAGGAGAGGCUCCUGCCCCGCGGGGCCGGGCGCUGCCCCCAGAUGUGCUGGCAGAGCAGGUGGAGUUGUGGUGGUCCCAGGAGCCGCGGCGCUCGGCACUCUGCUUUGCCAUGGCGGUGGGCCUCGUGAUGCUGUCCGUGGGCAUCGCCCUGGCUGCCUCCGGCUCACUCCUGCUACUGGGCUUGCUGCUGUAUCAGGUGGGCGUGAGUGGACACUGCCCUCCCCUGCGCGCAGCUGCCCCCUCCAUGCACAGUGACCACAGUGGCAGCGGCAGCAUCUUCAGCAUCUCAGGACGGCUCUCUGCUGGCCAGCGUCAUGAGACCACUUCCAGCAUCGCCAGCCUCAUCUGACCAAGCCGGAGCCCUUGCCACAGCUGCCUCAGCCUCAUGGACGGUGCUGGCGUGUGAGUGUGUGUGUGUGUGACUGUGUGUGUGCACCUCCCCAGGACUGUCCGGCCCUACGGGAAGGUGAGUGUGUGUCUUCUUGGAACUGGUGUUGUGUCCAUGGAACCGUCAGAGGCUGCCUGUCUGCACUGGGGUCUCCAGGCAGAGAAGUAUCUGGGGCCCCUGGAGAUUCUGGGCUUGCUCCUAUUCCCAACACCCCUCCCAGCCAAUCCUGCCCUCUCGCACUCAUCAGGGACUUCCCCGGGAGUGACUGCUGCCCACCCCGGAGACCGCACCAGCAAGUCUUCAUUGAGGAGAACCACUGCUGGCGGAGUGGGCUCCGGGGCGUGACAGGCCUGCGUUGGAAUCCCCCUCGACCACUUCCCAGCUGGGCAACUUGGGCAAGUGACUCGGCUUCUCUGAGCCUCAGUUUUUGAGAGUCAUGGUUGUGGUCAUCUAUUCUGAGGAUCGAGUAUGGAAGGACGGGGUACCUUACAGAUGUGCAUUAAAAGUGGUGGCUGCUGUUAC